AAAUUGAAUAAUAAAAACAAGAGGAGUUGCAUGUGCGGGAAAAGAAGUGAAACGUGAAUUGAGUCGCAAAAAUGAUUGGACAGUCAAAGAUAUCGGCUUUCUUCAGCCCCAAGCAGGUCAAAAGACCACUUUCAAGUGUAGAAAACACACAGAGCCCAUCACCCAAAAAAGCAAAAGAUGCGAAUAAUGGCAAACCUUCUGGUCUGAGCCCUGAGCAGAAGCAACGGAUGGAGGAAAAGAAGAAGGAAGCUCUGGAGAAGCUUAAGAUGAAGAAGACAGAGAUAUCCCCCAUCAAUGGUGUCAAGAAUGGGCCUGACAACAUUGGUGCUUCUUGGGCGAAGGCUUUGUCAUCAGAGUUCUCCAAGCCGUAUUUUAUCAAAUUGCAAGAGUUUGUCGCUGCUGAACGGAGGAGCCAUACUAUCUACCCACCUGCACAUCAGGUUUUUUCAUGGACACAGGCAUGUAAUAUAAAAGAUGUGAAGGUAGUGAUCCUCGGUCAAGAUCCAUACCAUGGACCUGGUCAAGCACAUGGUUUAUGCUUCAGUGUGCAAAAAGGAGUGAAACCACCCCCAAGUCUUGAGAACAUGUACAAGUGUCUGAAGAAGGACAUAGAUGGCUUUGAACAUCCUGGUCAUGGUCACCUCAUCGGCUGGUCUAAACAAGGAGUACUACUCUUGAAUGCCGUCUUGACCGUACGAGCCAACAACCCAAACUCGCACAAGGACAAAGGCUGGGAGAAAUUCACAACAGCAGUGAUAGCAUGGCUCAACUCAAACCUCAACGAUGUUGUCUUCAUGCUGUGGGGAUCCUAUGCGCAGAAGAAAGGGAGCAUUAUUAACUCGAAGCGUCACCAUGUGUUGAAGGCGGUCCAUCCGUCUCCUCUCUCAGCCCAUCGAGGGUUCUUCGACUGUCAGCACUUCUCCAGGACAAAUGAACUCUUAAAGAAAGCUGGCAAGAAACCGAUCGACUGGUCAAGGUUCUCAGACGAGAAUGUGUGAUUUUAGAAGGGCAAGAAGCUCAUCUGUUCCAGGCUCCCAAAUGUGGAUACGAGUGAAGAACUUAUAUUAUCCUUUUAUAGAGAGAAUAUAUCUGUGUAUUCAUAAAACCAAGAAAGAUUGCUUGCUUGUGGCAUAAUGGAAGAGAAAAAAACAAGUUCUGUCAUGGAGAACAGCGAUAGCAAUGACGCCACAAAAAACUUCCUGCAUUUUAACGUUUUGACACCAUAUCUUGGUGGAGCAUGAUGAAAAAAUUCUGGUAGGCAUUUCAUUGGUGAUCAUUUCUUGUGGUAAAUGGUAUCUAGGUCAAAUCUACCCCAGUAAAAUAUUAUAGUAAAAAGAGAAAAAUAA